AUUAUUUUAAGUGGAAAAUUCUGCGUUGACUGUACUUGAGUAGCCAAUGGAUGGUUUGGAGAUAACCCAAAACCAAUAAUAUUUUCGCUAAUAUAAUAUGUAACAAAAAUAUACAGACGGAAUGAAGAUUUCCUGGUUAACCGAAGACAUAUAAAUCGCGUGCCCGCUUCAAGGUUCCUUUUAGAUUGUCCAACCAACCUGCAAUUUCAGAAUUAGGGUUUUCUUUCUUUUUCCCCUCCUGGGUUUCGUCCCGACCCUGCUUCAAGGUUCCCUUCUUCUCGGAUUGAUCCUUCGCCAAAAUGGGAGGAGGCAACGGCCAGAAGGCGAAGACGGCUCGCGAGAGGAACUUGGCGAAAGCUGGCUCCUCCAAAGGAAGCCAGUUAGAUUCGAACAAGAAAGCUAUGAGUAUUCAGGACUAUGAUGCUACGCUAGAUUUGAAACUAGACUCUAUAGUGAAGUUUGUGCUUCAGUGUUUGGCCUUCUAUCAGGUUUCUGCUGCUCUAUACCACUAUAGCUUUGUGCCUUUGUAUACAGCUUCAGAAAUCAAUACUGAAUUCUCCUGGUUUGACAUUGAUCAUCUCUUCAAGGAAAACUGGUGCAAAAGAUUGCAUCCAGAGAAUGUUCGCGAAAAGGUUUACGGACAGCCACCUUUGCUUGAGCCUCUAAAGAGUGUUUCCUCUUUCUGUUACCAAAAAGGUCUAUCUGUUGUCUCAGUCAGCAUCGGAUUGCUGGGCUGGCGGUUGCCGAAGUUGCACAAAAGGUGUCAAGAGCACGGCGUUCCUUACAAGCAGAAUGGAAACAUUCAAUUAAAAGCGCAUCCAAGAAUGGCGAGAGACCAAGGAGAAGAAUCAAUGUUGUCAGUCAGAAUAGAGGCGGUGCUGGCUGUAGCACAGGCAGUGGCUCAGACACAUCAACUUCGUAUAGCAUUACAGAGGCAGAUUUCUGAACCCUGUGAUCCAGUUGUGUAGCAGUUGGUGAAGACUUCUGGCCGGCUGGCUGCAUUUGAGGAGUAA